UCUCCAUUGGCUGUAUAGAGAGUGGAGGUUUGGCAUCCUGAAGCCAGAAAUGGUCUGACUGCACUCACAUGAAGUUAUGGCAGGAGAAAGAUCAGUGUGAACAUGCUUGGCAGGAUGUGAACAGCUGGAUAUUCAUGUUUACACACUUUACACCCCAGCACAGCCCCAGGAAAAAAGAUGCUUUCAUGCCCCAUUUCCCAGUGUUGGUUCUAAGCUCUCUUUCCUGAGGACAGCUCUUACAGGAACUGGGAAAUGAGUAUCCUGAUUUAUUCCCUUGAGUCCCUCAUAUCUUAAAAAAGCACCAAAUUACAUUUGAAGGUAGUUUAGCAGGUAGUAAUGACAAUUUGUUUGAACUUCUCGUUGGUUCACUUUUCUGUAUCACAAAAGAUUUCAGGGAACAACUUGAACUCUCUCAAAGUAACUUCAAGAUGUUUCCUCACUUUGCAGUGAAAACUUUAAGGCAAGCCUACACACUUCAAACUCAAGGCACGCUGAACUAGAGUCGUAAAGCUGCGGGGCUGUGAGAAGGUCCUUUUGCUACGUGGAAGAGUCGGUGCUGUUUACCUACUGAAAUCCCUCAUCCAGAGAUCCUGCCAGGCGUAGGUCCCAGCUGUGUUCCCUCAGAGACCCGUGAGCCGAGGUUACCUAACGAAGCUCCUGCAGAAUCACACUGCCUAUGCCUGCGAUGGGCAGCACCUGAGCCUGCACUGCCCUCGGCACUCAACCAUCAGCGUUCAGUCAGCAUUUUAUGGGCAGGACCCCCACAUGUGCAGUGCUUGGGAGCCUGAAACCAGGAUGACAGAACCCAGGAACUGCGUUGCACCCACCUCUUUGCAGCUACAGUUCCAAGAGCACAGCUGGAGUGGGAGCACCAGUAUGAGCAGUAUGAGCACUCAGUCCUUUUGCCAGACUGGGAGAGAGUCCACACGACCCUUUGUGUAUAACACUGCUGACCUGUUGGCUGUCUUCCUCUGUUGCCACUUCCAGAGAAGCUGCACAAAAGUACUGGAUGAAUGCCAAAACCUGAGAUCCUGCCAACUCCUUGUCAAUAGUCGGGUUUUUGGGCCUGAUCUGUGUCCAGGGACCACUAAAUUCCUCCUUGUCUCCUUUAAAUGCAAACCUACUGAAUACAAAACCAAAUCAGCAUGUGAAAACCAGGAACUGAAGCUCCACUGUCAGGAAUCCAAGUUCCUUAUCAUCUACUCGGCCACCUACGGCAGAUGGGCACACGAGGAGAGCGUCUGUUCAACAAAGGCGGAGCACACACCCCCCUUUGACUGUUUGUCUUACACAGCGCUGGAAGUGUUAUCCAAAAGGUGUUAUGGGAAACAGAGAUGCAAAAUUACUGUCAGUAGCCGGGAUUUUGGAAGUCCAUGCCUACCUGGAGUGACAAAAUACCUAAAUGUCAGCUAUGCAUGCGUUCCUAAAUUUAUCCUCACGGCUGUCAACCCCCUGGUCCCUGAUAACAAGUCUUCCGUCAAACAGAACAAUGGUGUCGACCUUGAUCCAAGGGAAUCGAGACUUCCAAAGAAAGAUGGAACUAUAGUUAGCUCUAACUACUUGGCUACAUUUGCAUACAUUAAAGAUCACCUUGAAAGAGCCGCUCUCCUGUUUGUGUCCAGUGUUUGUGUGGGAUUAAUCCUCACACUGUGUGCCUUGGUGAUCUGCGUAUUGUGUCCUAGUGACAUCCAGAAGCUGCACAGGAAGAGGGAUCAGCUGGUGCCAGAGAGUGCCAGAGCCUACGAGAGCAGUGAACAGGAGGAGGAGGAGGAAGAGGAGGAUUCCUCCCUUUCAAACACCCAGGAUGAGACAGAUGGACUUUACAGACCCUGUUACUCAGGUUAUAACUCAGCAGAGGCAGCAGAACUGGCCGAAAGGAUUGAGCGCAGGGAACAGAUCAUACAGGAAAUUUGGAUGAGCAGUGGUUUGGAUAUGACACCCCCUAGAAAUAUGAAUACAUUUUAUAUUAAUGAACAAUAAAUGGCUUAUUUUGGAUGACACUCUAUCCCUUUUUUUUGAAAAAAAAAAAUGUACCUUCUGUGAAGGAACAUUUGUAUCAGUGAAUAUAAUUAUUUGUAAAAUAAAAAGAAAUA